AUGGCCCCUAGCGAGUUUAUCUCUAAGCCCAUUUUCCCCAUUCUCACUUCCUCUCGAGCCUCUAUUCAAGAGGUCAAGUACACCGUUGACUGGCCUGACGAGAGAGAGCCACGCGAGAUUGAAUGGGACAUCGGCCAGAAAGCUGAGGCUCUCCUACAGAUUAGAGAGAAGAACAACACGGAACUAUUCAUACAGUACAACUUGAUCGCCGUCGAGCAGGAUGGCGGCAUCAAGUGGCAAACUCCUUUUAAAUGUAUCUGGUCGCCGCUCAUGGAAACUAUGAGCCUGGUCGAGUUGAGUAGACCACAUCCAGAUCUUAAAGACUUCUUCCUGGCCCUCCUUGAGAUUGAGGAGGCUACCGAGAAAACAAUUUUGUCGCGCAUGUCUUACUGGAUAUCAGAUGCCGAGAUUCGAGACCUGUUUGACAUUCUCAAUUGCCUGAUUGCGAAGUCCGAAAUAUCGAUGAACCCGGACGAACUUUUGCACCGGCGAAUCUUUCUUGGCAGAUACAAGGGCGAAAGAUACCGCCUUGUUGGCUCCACAGAAGAGUUCUUUAUUCCCGAUGAUCAGCAGUUUGCGACUGCUUUCAAGGACUAUGUCCCUUUCCUUGACGUUACCGCGGAAGAGAUCGCGCUUCUCGAUCCAUUGUUCACAUGGCUAGGUUUCAAGGAUCUCUAUUUGUCAAAGCAUGUCUAUCCCAGGUGUAUUCACCCUUCAAAUGCACAGAAACAGAAGAUUGAAUGGGAUGUAGCUCAGAGAGCGGAAGGCAUUCUUCGACAGAAUCGCCCUAUACUGUCUGUGGUAGCCCCCGAACAACAACAAAAGUGGACAGGUGGUGCUUUUGAACGUCUUGAAAAAGAGUUUCUGGGCUCUCAGCUCAAUCACGUUCAAGGAUUCACAACUCUGAGCACACAUCCUAAGCUUUCUAUUGGGUUCGAUGAUGCAGGGUAUCCCGUGGAUAGACUCGUCGUGCGCGUCUCAUCUGGCAAGGAAGAGCGAGAGCUGGCACUCUUUACCGCACUCCCACGGCUUUUGAUGGAAUGGCUCAUGGCAGACCCGAAAACUCAGAAACGGGGAACGGUAACUGUGCUUGGUGUGAGCCUCAUGAAGAGUGUACUAACUGCUCCACCAAACGUUAUUGAUUCCUUGCUCACACGUGAGGGAGUUGGACGCAUCCGAAUCAUUGAGGUGUCUCUAAAGACGACACUACUGGAGGCUAAACUCCAGGACACUACAUCUAACGAGCCUGCUAGUCAGCCAUCUCAGAAUAGGUAUGAUUCUAACACGUGCUCGAACUUGCUCAUUGUAGCUCACAAAAACAAAUCCGAGGAGGCACCACCGGCCAACGCUUCCACAAAGAAAUCGGAGAAAACGCUUGGAAAGCAGCCAGCAACCCCGGUCACAGCCAACAAGCAACCGCACCCAGUAGCCGGCCCUAGCAGCUCAAGGGCAUCACGAGAGCCGACACCUCAGGCCGACCAACCUCAGUCAACGCCAGAGGAACACCCAGAAUCCUCGUCCAGUGGGGGAAAGACGCCACCACAGAACGAGCCAGUUCCCCACAGGGGUGAGGGUCGAUACAAGCCCCUAUACGCUUCUAUAAGCCAGAGGCCGAAGCUCAAACCCAGAUCACGAAGACGAUCUGGCUCGCCUUCAUCUAGUCCACCAGCAUCUUCCCCUUUGAGUCAUAUCCCAGAUGAUGUGAUUCGUGGAAUAGAACAACUGAGGAUUGGAGAUGCAUCUGAGGCGACUCUUCAAUCGCCCAAACUUAUUCUGGUAGCGUAA